AACAAUAGCUUCAACAGCAAACGAUGCUCGAAUGGUCUCUUCAACCGCUGAACAAUGAGGACCUUCCGGUAUUUGGCGUUACUGGCAGCGGCAUCGUUUCUAUUGCUUCUGUACUACAUAUACAGGGUUGGCGAUCGGCCCAGUUCCACCGAGAAGGCUACGGAUGAUCGUCUUUCAAACGAACAAACGAAAGAUGCGCUUGGAAGAAAGUCUUAUGCCGGUUCGUCGAAUGGCACCGAGAUAUCGGUGGUGGUGGUUGCAUGCAACGAACGGCACAACGAAGCCCUCAAUAUGAUCAAGUCAGCAAUAAUGUUUAACCGCAACCUAUCGCCGUUACGAUUCGUCAUAAUUGCCGAAGAGAAGUUGAAGCUAAAUUUCAUGGAAAAGUUAAAUGAUUGGCAGGAAGUAACAGAUCGAAUAUUUACGUACGAAAUUCAUUCGUUAACGUUUCCACGCGCCAACAAGGACGAGUGGAGGAAACUGUUUAAACCAUGCGCCGCCCAAAGACUGUUUUUGCCGUCGCUCCUUCAACAUCUGGAUGCAGUACUGUACGUUGAUUCUGAUACUGUGUUUCUAUCGCCAGUGCAGGAGAUAUGGGCAAUGUUCCAGAACUUUAAUGCAUCCCAAUUUGCGGGCAUGGCGCCAGAGCAUGAAGAUACCAAUGCAGGAUGGUAUAAUCGUUUCGCUCGACAUCCCUACUAUGGAGAGCUGGGAGUAAAUUCGGGCGUCAUGCUGAUGAAUCUAACGAGAAUGCGAGAAUUUCGCUGGGAGGAUCACAUACUGCCGAUUUAUCGCGAGUACCGUCUGCAGCUAGUCUGGGGAGAUCAAGACAUACUGAACGUUCUGUUUCACUACAAUCCGGACCGGUUGUACGUCUUUCCAUGCGACUGGAACUAUCGUGCCGAUCAUUGCAUGUACAUGAGCGUGUGCGACGCACCGGAUGGAGUGAAAAUAAUUCACGGCAAUCGAGGAUACUUUCACUCGCGGGCGCAACCCAUAUUUAAUCUAAUCUACGCGACCAUCGAAGAAUAUACAUUUCGGACGGAUGUUUACAGCAACUUCAUACGCACAAUCGAAGAAACGCUGGUGCUACCAAGCAACUCGAACUGUGAUAAACUGUUGGACAAAUUCUUACUGGAUCCACGCAAACAUUUCAAGGAAAAUCAGUACGAAGAGGAGACGUAGCGCAGC